UCCCUUCCUGUCUUCUUCUACAAUGCAAACAAAACAAACCUGUUUGUCCGCCGGAAACCCAUCAGAGCCACAGAGAGCAAAAGAGGCUCCUGCCCUAGUGAGCCAGACUUCUGCUCCAUUCAUCUGCUCCCUCUACGUUACAACAGAGCUCUCUCAGCUGAGCUUCUACCACACGAGGAACACUUCUCAUCACUACUGGCAAGACUUGACAAUCAGACAGACCAGAGGCAGAGAACACUUGGAGGAGAGAGAGAGAGAGAGAGAGAGAGAGAGAGAGGACAUGAAGUGCCUGAACGUGAGCGUGUGAAAUCGUGAGGGAGAAAGGGUGGAGCAACAGACCCUGGGGGAAGGGUAGGAGGAGACUGGUUUGAGAGGGGCUCAGGCAGUAUGAGUUUCUCAGCCUCUCAUUUGUUUCUGUCAAAACUUUUUUUUACAACAAUUUUGUGUAAAAGUAUUUUCUUCAAGCUGUGGUGAGUAAAAACGAUGUGAAGAAAAGACAAUUCCUCUGACUGAAGUGCAUUUAUGCUAAAGGAGUUGAAGAAAACAAUAUUUUAAUUUGUAAGAGUGACUGGACUAGUGAUUGACUAGAGCACAGGACCACACUGUUUUUUAAGCUCUCUUUUCCUGCUGGCUCUAAGCCCAUUAUGUUUCCUCUUUCUCUCUCCCGGCGAUGAGUCAUACCAAUGGAUUAUGAGUUAGAUUACAAAUGAGAUUGGAUUAUGGGAUGUCUUAAUGUGGAAGCUAUUAUGCUGGUAAGAAGAUCUUUUUUUUACCACAUGGCAACAUUGAUGUGAUGCCUGCUGAUAACCACUGUAAGCUGAGUGGUCCACGUGACCCCUAAGCAAUCAGCAAAUGGACUGACAAAACAUUUUAACCAUCAUAAUAUAUAUAUAAAUCUAAAAUAUAGAUUUAUAUAAAUCUAAAUAUAGAACUCUUCACAUUUGUGAUGGAGUAAAGAUCUAUUUACACAUUAAUAAUAAAAAAAAACAUUUUGACCACCAUGUUUUUUCAAAGCCGGCUAGUCCUUUGCGUGUCAUAGGUGUUCCUUCCUUCAGACCACAUUAAGUGUAGACAAGCCCUCACAAGAGGGUUGGUACCCUCUAUAAUUGAGGUAAAUUACUUCUCUACAGACCAAUACGGAGAUCUACAGUCAUAUUACAUGCUCAGUCCUAAGAGACACCGCAAGCAUAGGAGGAUAGGCGGGCUUAUUUGGAGUCAACCAGUGGGACCAGAGACAAACUGUUAGUCCCCAGAACAUGGCGACAGGAAGUGCUGGCCCGCCGUCCGGACGAGGCCUGAGGCGCGAGGUCUCCGAGUCGACCCCGACGCAGCCGCCCACCAGCUCAGAGCGCAAGCAGCUGGAGAAGGUCCUGAAGAGGCUGGACAAGCUCCACCGGCUCAGCGUGGACUCGCGCAUGGCCCUGCGCAACAGCCCGCCCUACCUGCCCGACCUGGUGACCGAGACGGCCACGCUGCUGACGGACAUGUGGGCGCCCUACAGGGGCCCCGUGGUGGCCAUCCCGAGGGCCGACGAAGGGGAGUACCUGCGCGUCCACGUCAAGCAUCUGCUGUAUAAGACGGACCGAGCCAUCCUGCUGUUCAAAGAGGGCCGAGACAAGAUGUUCGAGGAGACCUCCAGCUGCAGGAGGAACCUGACAAAGCUUUCACUGCUGCUCAGCCAUAUGCUGUGUGAACUGCGGGCCUUGUUUCCAGAGGGAAAGUUUCAAGGUGACACAUACCGACUGACCAAAUCAGAGGCUGGGAAUUUCUGGAGGAGAGCCUUUGGAAAUAAAUGCAUUGUGCAGUGGAGAACCUUUAAGGAACACCUGAGGAGAGUCCAUGGCUUUGAGGAGGGUAUGGAGGCCAUGGCUCUCAAGUCUACAGUGGACCUCACCUGUAAUGAUCACGUAUCCAUCUUUGAGUUUGACAUCUUUACCAGGCUCUUUCAGCCCUGGGUCACUCUGUUAAGAAACUGGAAUCAGCUGGCCGUCACACACCCUGGUUACAUGGCCUUCUUGACCUACGACCAGGUCAGAGCACGCCUGGACCACUACCGACAUCGCCCCGGGAGCUACAUCUUCCGCCUGAGCUGCACUCGGAUGGGGCAGUGGGCCAUUGGGCAUGUAGCCAUGGAUGGGACCAUCGUGCAGACUAUCCCCCAGAACACGCCCCUGUACCAGGCUCUUUUGCAGGGCUUCAGAGAGGGCUGCUACCUGUAUCCUGAUGGGCGUGAUGUGAACCCUGACCUUUCGGCGCUGUGUGAACCUGCACAGAGGGGAAAAGUCAAAGUCACAGAGGAGCAGUAUGAGCUCUACUGUGAGAUCGGCAGCACUUUCCAGCUGUGUAAGAUCUGCGCAGAGAGGGACAAAGACACACGCAUUCAACCCUGUGGCCACUUGCUGUGCCAGCCCUGCCUUAACGGGUGGCAGAAGUCAGAUGGGCACACCUGUCCAUACUGCCGCUGUGACAUCCGAGGGACCGAGUCUGUCCUCAUCGAGCCUUACCUGCCCGGCCAAGGCAGCGGGUUCAUCACGUGCGAGCCAGAGGAUGAGGAUGAUGAUGACCACGAGGAUGUGGAGCAAGUGAUGAAGAAGCUGGCCUCCAUGAAAAAGAAGGCAUCAUCGGAGGACUAUCAGACCCCUAGUAGACCAGUGGACUCCAGUCUCAUGCCGCCUCCGCUGCCCCCAAAACUUGCCGCCACGUCUCCAUGCCCCUCCCCACGACUCCCACCUCGGUCCCCAAUGGCAGAAGCACGUGCCAAUCAUUCACACAACAGACUGAGCAACGAUAAGAGCAGGAAGUCAUCAGCAAUGAAAGUCCAACAGGAAGAGCCUUGCAGAGGAGGAUGGGAGGAUUCUGGGAGCUCUCCUGCCCCAUACACCCGUUCACCCUCCCACAAUGAAGACUCAAACUCUGAAUCAAGCAGGCCAUCCUCCUCCCAGUCUGGCAAAAGCAAUGAUGUGCCCUGGUCAGGGUCCGCAUCCUCAUCCUCAUCCUCAGGGAGAAAGAAGAGGGACAAAGUGCGGGGAAUGACGGAGGACAGAAGUGAGAGGGAGGGUAGAUUGAGUGAAGCACUCGGGACUCAUACGGUUAGACAGAAACACAUGUCCUCCUGACAAUCAUUUUAACAACAUCGUAGAGGAGCUACAGUACUUCCUACUAGAAGGGACCAUGGACUGAAAGACAAGCAACAAUUACUAUCACAUGACUAAAGAUUACACAUAUAUUAACGAUAAUAUGUGUAUAUGAAUGUCUGCUAUGAAUAUAUUUGACCUGUUCAGACUGACUAAAUUUUAAACAUAUAAUGUAAACAUAUAAAAUGUAAAUGACCAAACUAAUGUUGCCUGGAAAUAGUUAAAUCCUUGUUUUGUAUAGAACAUUAUGGUUCUGAAACUGAUUUUAAUUUAUGCAUUAUACGUUUAAACUUUUGUUUUGGAGGAACGUGAUUCAAGUGAUAUAGAUAUCUGACAUGUUUUGAGCCAAGACACUACCUCAUAUUAUCAGAAGCACAAGCAAAGGUUUCAGAAACGAAUGAAAGCAGCGAAAAUUACAGACAUAAUUCAAAAAGCAAACAUGCCAUGCUUCGGUAUUUCAACAUCUGACAAAAUACUUGCUCACUUGAAUGGACAUUCACCUAAUUCUUAAAAAACACUGUGUGCCUGA